AUGGAAAAUGCAGCCUUUUGGGCAGUGGUGGCCAUCACCAUGAAGAAUGCCAAUGCCUCACUGGUAUAUUCUUUUCUCUACAAAGUGGUAGAAGUCUUUUCUGAAUACUUCAAAGAGCUGGAGGAAGAAAGUAUCCGUGACAAUUUUGUCAUUGUGUAUGAACUGCUGGAUGAGCUGAUGGACUUUGGGUUUCCACAGACAACAGAUAGUAAAAUCUUGCAGGAGUAUAUCACUCAGCAGGGCAACAAGCUGGACACGGGCAAAUCCCGUGUUCCUGCCACUGUCACCAAUGCAGUCUCCUGGAGAUCAGAGGGCAUCAAAUACAAGAAGAACGAGGUCUUCAUUGAUGUAAUUGAAUCGGUCAACCUGCUGGUCAAUGCCAAUGGGAGUGUCUUGCUGAGUGAGAUUGUGGGGUCCAUCAAGCUGAAGGUUUUCCUCUCAGGCAUGCCAGAGCUGCGCUUGGGCCUCAAUGACAGGGUGCUCUUUGAACUCACAGGACUUGCAGGAGGGAAAAAUAAGUCUGUGGAGCUGGAGGAUGUCAAGUUCCACCAGUGUGUACGACUGUCACGUUUUGACAAUGAUCGCACAAUCUCCUUCAUACCACCUGAUGGAGAUUUUGAGCUCAUGUCUUAUCGACUGAACACACAGGUGAAACCUCUCAUCUGGAUUGAGUCCGUCAUUGAGAAAUUCUCUCACAGCCGAGUGGAGAUCAUGGUUAAGGCAAAGGGCCAGUUCAAGAAGCAAUCAGUGGCCAAUGGUGUGGAGAUAUGUGUGCCAGUCCCAAGUGAUGCCGAUUCACCUAAGUUCAAAACCAGCAUUGGGAGUGCAAAAUACCUGCCUGAGAAGAACAUUGUCAUCUGGAAUAUCAAGUCUUUCCCGCCACAGCUCUGA